AUGAGGGCCACCUACAAGUCAACUGUUCUGAUCAUCACGAGCAACAGCACGAAGCCUUGGACCUCGCAGGGGCCACACCCGGAUAUCACUUUUAUCAAUGCGAAUGUUGUCGAUGCUGAAGCGAGUAAGGUUAUCCCCCAUUGCAACGUUCGGGUCAAAGAUGGCCUAAUCGGAAAUAUCACCACUGGGGAUUCAUCGACCAUUAAUCCAGAGUCAAAGGUCGUCGAUCUGCAAAACAAGUACAUCUGCCCUGGUAUAAUAGACUGCCAUGUACACCUUACAGUGACCCCUGGAAAUGCUGCGCUCAAGGACCUGUAUGCAGCAAGCCCAAACGCCAUCGCUUAUCGUACUGCACAUGUUGCACGAGAAAUGCUCUUGCGCGGCUUCACCACUGCACGCGAUACUGGAGGUGCUGACGCCGCUCUCCGUGAAGCUAUCGCGGAGGGACUCAUCCCGGGCCCUCGUCUCUUCAUCGCGGGAAAGGCGCUCUCACAGACCGGGGGGCACGGCGAUUUCCGUGCCAGUUACCAGGACAGUGAGCACAAAUGCUGCGGUGGACAUUCCCCAUCCUUGGCUCGAGUAUGUGAUGGAGUUCCCGAAUGUUUAAAUGCUGUUCGCGAUGAACUGCGCCAGGGAGCCGAUUUCAUCAAGAUCAUGUCGGAGGAGAUUCGAGCGAUUACCACGACAGCAGCGUAUUCCAAGACAUAUGUCAUGGCGCAUGCUUAUACGGUUGAAUCCAUCCGACACGCUGUUGACAACGGGGUUCGUGGGAUUGAGCACGGAAACUUAAUUGACUGCGAGACGGCUGAGUACUGCAAAGAAAGAGGAGUCACUUUCACUCCAACAUUGGUGACCUAUAAUGCCAUGACACAGCCUGCUUUUUCUCACUUCCUCGAUGAAUUCAGCCAAAAAAAGAACCAAGUAGUUCUUAAGGGUGGUCUUGGUGCGUUGGAGAUCCUCCGUGAUGCUGGUGUGACCAUGUGUUAUGGGUCAGAUUUGCUGGCUGGCUUGCAUGUUAUGCAGAAUGGGGAGUUCUCCAUCCGGGCACAGGUGUUAAGUGCUGGGGAGGUUCUAAAAUCGGCCACCGUCAACGCAGCCAAGUACAUCGGGAUGGAGGGCAAGUUGGGUUCCGUCAAGACGGGGAGCAUCGCAGACUUGCUGGUCCUCGAUGCUAACCCGCUGGAGGAUAUUGUUAUCCUAGAUCGUAUACACGAUAGUAUGGUUGGGCUUCUGAAAGAUGGAAGAGUAGUUACCUACAAGUUGGAUGGAUUGUCGGUUGAUCGCAUAUACGAUCCUUGUGGGGUUCAAGCAUGA